GCUGUGCUCUUGGCCAGAGGGCCAGUCCGCCGGCGUGCCGGGGUUGAGCGCCGUGCAGGCAGCCCUGGAGGACAUGGGCGACAAGCCCCCCGGAUUCCGGGGCUCCCAGAGCUGGAUUGGCUGUGUAGAAGCCAGCCUCUGCCUCUCCCACUUCGGAGGGCCCCAGGGGCGCCUAUGUCACGUGCCCCGUGGCGCGGGGCUUAAGGGGGAAGUGGAGCAGCUCUACUCCCAUUUUUCAGGGGGUGGGGGGCCUGUAAUGGUGGGAGGAGAUGCGGAUGCCCGAGCCAGGGCCUUGCUGGGAGUCUGCCUGGGGCCAGGCACGGAAGCCUACGUCCUGGUACUGGACCCUCACUGCUGGGGCGCCCCGAAAAACCCCAAUGAACUACAGGCUGCUGGGUGGGUGGGCUGGCAAGAAGUAACCAAAGCCUUUGACCCAAACUCCUUCUACAACCUGUGCUUGACCAGCCAUAACUCUGAAAAGCAGCUACAUACCCUGGACUGAGGAUAAGGGCCCAGAACUGAGACUGCCUUUGGCACCAACCCAUGUCUCUGGCCACAUACAUGCACACCCUUCCACUUCUCAAAGGCAAAGAGAGUUGUCUGAUGGCAAGCCCCAAGGUAGUCCCAGCAAAGCCUGGGGCAUUUGGCAUCAAUAAAGUUGGCAAGUCCCAGCUGACAAUGGCCCCAGCCAAUCUUGAGAGGAUUUGGGGAGAUACAUAAUAUACACUCA